AUGCAUCAGCGAAAGCUUUGCCGUGGGCCCCAGGUCCUGGCCGACUCGGCGGCGGCGCGGGCGGCGGCUGCGGCGGAGGCCGCCUUGGAUGUGCCGGCGCUGCAAGCGGAGAUUUCGGAGAAAGCUCAGGAGGCGUUGCGACGCGGCCACCGCUGCGAUGCAUCCGUCUUUGAUGGUGAGGUGCUGUGCAUCAGUCUUCCCUCAUGCAAAUCGCGGCGGCGACACACAGAGAAGGAGCUGACAUGUUGGGGUUUCCCCUUGCCUCGCUUUGUGGAAGCUCUCGGCCCGAAUGAUGAGGAAGUGCUGCGGUGGUUCAACUCGCCGAGAGUUGCAAAGUUUCCACCGUGCUUCCGUUGUGGCUUGGUCACUGACUGCUGCUGCGCGAACAAUGAUAUGCUGUUGGAGCAGGUAGCGAACUGGCUGUCCUUCCGGAAGGCCUGGACAGAGAUCGCCAACUCUACAAAGGAGUGGCAUUUGCUCGUGGAGGAUGAUGUCAAAUUCACGCACAAAGCGGCGGAAUGUUGGAACGAACUGGUCACGCUCCUCGGUGACAGCAAGGGGGUUUCACUGGCACUUCAUGGGCUUCAUAUGACUGCUGUGGGCAUCCAGCAUGUGCCUGAACUGAGAAAUCCCGUAGCGUGUCAACUUGCGGAUCUGAUGUUGGAAACCUUUGACGAGAACGUGUGA